UUUUUAUUUUUUAUUUCUUGGCUCCUUGUUUUUUCUUUCUUUUCUUUCUCUCUCUCUUUUUAAACACACAACUAAAACUAUAUACCUAUUGGUGUCAUGUUGGCAGAUGCAUAUGAUUUCCUAUUGAAAUUACUACUUGUCGGUGAUUCCGGUGCUGGAAAGUCAUGCUUAUUAUAUCACUUUUUAGAAAAUCAAUUUAAAAAAGAUUCGGUCAACACAAUUGGAAUGGAAUUCGGGACACGGAUAAUACAUAUUGCAGAUAAAUCCAUCAAGCUACAAAUUUGGGACACAGCAGGACAAGAACGAUUUAGGUCUUUAACAAAGAGUUAUUUUCGUGGUGCAGCAGGUGCACUGGUGGUAUAUGAUAUUUGCAAUCGAGAAACAUUUUUGGGGAUUCGGUCAUGGUUGACUGACGUAAGAGCAUUAGCCAAUCCAGAAUUAGUCAUUAUUUUAGUGGGUAACAAGAAUGAUAAAGCCGAUGAACGAGAAGUGUCUUAUUUGGAAGCUAGUAAAUUUGCACAGGAGCAUGAAAUGAUGUUUUUGGAAGCAAGUGCUCUAAGUGGGGAUGGCGUAGAAGAUAUGUUUUUUAAAUGUGCUCGAUCUAUCUUGAGCAAAAUUGAAACAGGUCAAAUCGAUCCUGAGCGAAGUGGAAGUGGUGUACAAUUUGGUGAUUCCAGUCUAAGGAGAAUGACGCAAAGAACACGUACUAGAAAGAAAGAGAGAUCAUGUUGCUUUUAAAACAAAUAAAUACCUUGUUUUUUUUUAUUUUA